AUGCAUUACUCUCGUUUUACAAAAACAAAAGGAAUUAUCUCAUCUAUUUCAACCACCUGUGAUAAAUACCACGACCACCACUGCCGACGGCCCAGUUCCGCCACCAUGGCUGCUCCACCACCGCCACGGCGCUCACUGCCGCCACCAUCAUCGACGCCAGCUCCACCUCCUCUACCUCCCUUCCUCUCUGCAUCUUCCGAUUACCUGCGAGAAACAUACAUCUGUCGCACAAGCUUCAGAUCUGGAAGCGCCACUUUCAGAUCUAGAUAUGUUUUCACUGCCUCUUCUCGUUCAUUACUUCGAUUCUCCGUUAACGACCUCAAUCUACCACCAACAACUUGGCCUCCUUCAGUUCCAUUCUAUCUCUAA